AUGGCUUCAACUAAGCUUGUACCGUUCGAGUCCACCGCCGUUGAAUCCAUUCCAAGCAUAGUCCAUCAGUGUCAGACUACCUUUCGCUCACAGAAGACGAAGCCGCUCUCAUAUCGAUUGGUUCAAUUGCGGAAGCUCUACUGGGGGAUUGUCAACAAUGAGGACGCCCUCGUUGAAGCUUGCAAGCAAGAUCUUGGGAAGCCGACCUUCGAGACUUUCCUCACCGAGAUAGACUGGUGCAAGAAUGACGUUGUCUUCGUCACCAAGAACCUGGCGAAAUGGAUGAAGGAUGAGCCAGCUCCGGAUAUCCCUCUUACGAACUCCAUGCUGCGCCCAAGGAUCAAGAAGGAUCCUUUGGGUACCGUCCUUGUGAUUGGCGCAUACAACUUCCCAGUCCAGCUUUCUUUCGGCCCUCUCAUCGGCGCCAUCGCUGCUGGCUGUACGGCUGUCUUGAAGCCAUCUGAGGUUUCUCCAGCUACCGCUAUGGUGCUGAAGAAGAUCGUGGAAGAGUCGCUCGACCCCAGUGCAUAUGCCGUUGUCAAUGGCGGUGUUCCGGAGACGACGGCUCUGCUCGAGGAGAAAUGGGAUAAGAUAUUCUACACUGGCGGCGUGGUCGUCGGAAAGAUUAUCGCCAAGAAAGCUGCCGAGACGUUGACUCCUGUAUGUCUUGAGCUCGGAGGCCUGAACCCAGCUAUUAUCAGCAAAAAUGCAGAUCCUCACCUUGCAGCUCGCCGGCUGUUAUGGGGCAAACUUGUCAACGCCGGCCAAGUCUGCAUCAGUCAGAACUAUAUUAUGGUCGACAAGGAGAUCCUGCCUGCCUUCGUUGAGCAGCUGAAGAUUACUUUGAAGGAGUUUUACCCCAAUGGCACGAAGGCAAGCCCGGACUACGGAAGAAUCGUCAACCAGCGACAUUUCCAGAGAAUCAAGAAGAUGCUGGACGAUUCUAAAGGAAAGAUCUUGAUUGGCGGAGAGGUGGAUGAGGCUGAGAACUUCAUCGACCUCACCGUCGUGCAAGUUGAUGAUAUUAAUGAUUCUAUGAUUGUCAAUGAAUCGUUCGGCCCUUUGAUUCCCAUCUUACCGGUCAACGACGUGGAGGAGGCGAUUCGCAUCGCCAACACGGUGCACUCGACACCUCUUGGACUGUAUGCAUUUGGCACAAAAGCCGAAACUAAUAAGAUGCUUAAUGAGAUCACCUCAGGUGGUGCCUCAGUCAACGACGCCUACUUCCAUGGCUCCAUUCCCACCCUUGCCUUCGGCGGCGUAGGAGAAUCCGGUCAAGGAGCAUACCGCGGCCGCGCCUCCUUCGACACCUUCACGCACCGCCGCUCCGUGACGACGACCCCCGGCUGGGUCGAGAAGCUGAUCGCAAUCCGCUACCCGCCGUACGCAGGCAAGCUGGCGCGAUACCGGCUCACGAGCGAGCUAAAGCCCAACUUCGACCGCGAGGGCAGGGAGAUCAGGGGCAUCAAGUACUGGCUGCGGUUCCUGCUGGGCAUGGGCAGCGACAGCCUCAAGGAAGCUCUGGUAAGAUGGGCCAUCGCUGCCUUCGUGGUCGUCGGCUUAAAGAAAUCCGCAGACGCCGGGAAACUACCGUCAUAUCUGAAGUGA